UGCCCCCUUCUCGCAGCUUCUCUGCAUAUAGUACGUACUCCUACAAGUGUUUUAAUUUGCCCGGUGCAAACUGCGUGCGAAUCCCAUAAAACUUGUGUGCCACACACACACACACAGUCACAGCAUGAGACAGCACCACAAGAAGCUCCCCUCCCCGGCAGCUUCUUCAUCCAUCUCCAAGGCGAAGCUCCUCCUGCUCCCCCUCGUGCUCCUCGCGGCCCUGCUCGUCAUUGUGUACCCCGACAAGUUCGCCCUGCAGACAUCGCUAGCCGGCGCCGGCUGCCGCGACGGCAUGAUCGGCAGCCUCGUAGACGUCGCGCACGCGGCCCCGGGCUUCCGGCUGCUCAUCGGCGUGCUGACCCUCCCGGGCCGGUACGAGCGGCGGCACCUGCUCCGCACGGUGUACGCGCUCCAGCAGCCGAACCUGACGAGCACGGCGCGCGUGGACGUCCGGUUCUUCUUCUGCCGCCUGACCUCCCACGAGCAGCGCGUCCUGGUGUCCCUGGAGGCGAUGCUGUACGGCGACGUGGUCGAGCUCGACUGCCCGGAGAACAUGGACAACGGCAAGACGCACUCCUACUUCUCCAGCGUGCCGUCCCUCUUCGGCGACAGCGGCUACGACUUCGUGAUGAAGACCGACGACGACACCUUCUUCCGGCUCCCGCAGCUGGCCGAGUCCCUGGGCCGGGCGCCCAGGGAGGACCUCUACUACGGCUGCAUGGUGCCCUGCGACUACAUCCGGGACCGGGACGUGUACAUGUCCGGGAUGGGGUACGUCCUCUCGUGGGACCUCGUGGAGUGGAUCGUGGCGGCGGAAGACCAGAUCGGGAACCGGACGGACGGCCCCGAGGACAGGACGCUCUCCUACUGGUUCGGCGCCGCGGGGAAGGCCAAGAACCGGGUCGACGUGAAGCCGGCCAUGUACGACUUCCCGCAGGAGCACGGCGCGCCGUGCGCGCACGAGCUCGUGCCGGACACCAUCGCCGUGCACCGGCUCAAGGACAGCUGGAGGUGGUCCACCACGCUCAAGUUCUUCAAUUUCACCGCUGGACUACCGCCUUCCAAGUUCUACCGCAUCGAUUGAUUUCGAGAUCUCGAGAGGCUGGUCUUGUUCACGUACAGUACCAUUUUGAUUUUGGUUGAGGGGGUCAACGGUCUGUGUGUAAGUUGAUUCUUUAUUAUUUCUAC